CUGGGGAGGGCGGGGCUUUCUAGGAAGCCUAAACUGAUGCUUCUUUCACUUUGCAGAGCAACUAGCAAGGGGAAAGUACUGAGCAGAGUUUCACCAUGGAACACGCUUGUGGUCUUCUCACCCGCUGCAAGCAGCCAGUGCCUCUUAAGAGCAUCUCGGUGGCUGUGUCUAUCUGUGAGUUUGUGGCAGAUGUGUCUGCAAGCCUAGACUACAAGAAUGAGGAAGCAGCUCCUGUGGAAGCAUUCUUUGUGUUCCCCAUGGAUGAAGACUCUGCUGUUUAUAGCUUCCAGGCUGUGGUGGAUGGGAAGAGUAUAGUGGCAGAAAUACAAGAGAAGCAGCAGGCCCAGGAGAAUUAUGAGGAUGCCAUUUCCCAAGGCCAGCAAGCCUUCCUUCUGGAGCAGGAUAGCAGCUCUGGUGACAUCUUCAGCUGCAGUAUAGGAAAUUUGCCCCCUGGCCAGAAGGCUGCUGUCACUCUGAGCUAUGUUCAGGAGCUGUCCUUGGAGGCAGAUGGGGCUGUUCGCUUUGUCCUGCCAGCCAUUUUGAAUCCACGCUAUCUCCUGCAAGAGUCAGCUGAGACAGACAACAUCACCUCUGAAGUCCCUCGGGUUCCUGGCAAGGAGCUGCCUUACACGUUUAGUGUUAGUGCCAGUGUCUGCUCUCCGCAUGGCAUUGAGAAGGUCCAGUCCAACUGUCCUCUGAGUCCCCUGCAGUACUUGGAAGAUGACAAGAAGGUUGCCCAGGUUUCCUUGGCUGAAGGGCAUCAAUUUGAUCGGGAUGUUGAGAUUCUGGUUUACUACAGGGAGGUGAACACACCCAGUGUCUCUGUGGAGCUGGCCCAGGCUGAUGCCAAGCCAGGUUCCCUGAUGGGAGAUCCAGCUGUAAUGGUGAGUUUCUACCCUAGUAUCCCUGAGUGUCAGGGAGAGAACACUGGUGAAUUUAUCUUCCUCCUGGACCGCUCAGGGAGCAUGUCCUUCCAAAUGAAUAACAAAGAAGGGGCCCAGAAGCGCAUAGAUAGUGCCAAGGAAACUCUGGUCCUGCUGCUGAAGAGUUUGCCCCUUGGCUGUUUUUUCAAUAUCUAUGGAUUUGGAUCCUCCUUUGAAUCCUUCUUCCUAGAGAGUGUGGAGUACACACAGCAGUCCAUGGAGUUGGCUGUGCAGAGAGUAAAGGCUCUAGAAGCUAACCUUGGAGGGACUGAAAUCUUAGAGCCACUGAAAGACAUUUAUAGCAAAUCCUGCAAGCCAGACCACCCUCGGCAGCUCUUCGUCUUCACAGAUGGAGAAGUUGGUGAUACAUGGAGGGUCGUUGCUGAAGUUCAGCGCCACAGCCAGAAUCACAGGUGUUUCUCUUUUGGAAUUGGAGAAGGGGCUUCCACCAGCCUUGUUAAAGGCAUUGCUCGGGCAGCUGGGGGCACUGCAGAAUUCAUCACGGGCAGGGACAGAAUGCAGCCCAAGGCCCUCCGGUCCCUCAAGCGGGCCCUGCAGCCAGUGGUACAGGAUGUCUCCCUGACCUGGACUCUGCCCCCUGGGCUGGAGACUACCUUGCUCUCUCCUCUUCCUCCUGUCAUCUUCAGGGGUCAGAGGUUAAUCGUCUAUGCCCAGUUGAAAGGGACAAAUGCAUCCAAAGAGGCAGCAGGUGAGGUAUGUCUUCAAUACAAGCUCCAAGGUGAAGGCUUCAGGGACACAGUGCCAUUCUCUGUGAAUGCCAAAGGAGAUGACAAACUUACCAUUCACCGCCUGGCUGCCAAGUCCUUGAUCCAGACCCUUGAUGGAAACUUACAGGAUGCUGCAGAAGUGAAGAGCAAAGUAGUGGAUAUUAGCCUUCAGUCCGGAGUUGUCUCCUCUCAUACUGCCUACAUUGCUAUCAAUAAGGAGCUCAAUCAGCCCAUUCAGGGGCCCCUAACUCGGAGGGAUAUUCCAUUGGCUUUUACCUAUUUCCGUGCCUCAUACCGGCCUCAACCAACGCGUCAAUUAUUUGGAAAAGCAUUUUCCCACAAUGCCUGCCUUCUCUCUGGAAAGAAGAAUGCUGGCAUGAUUGCAAAAUUGAAAGGACCUCUUUUGAAAAUGGCAUCUCCCCAACAUAAGUCAAGGUUCAUGCUCUCAGAGGAUUCCAUGGAUAGAGACAUAUCCCCUCCAAGUCUCCACUUAUGCAGCUGAUUUCCCUCCAGAAGGCAGAUGGGUCCUGGGAACUGGAUGAAGCUCUGGCCUCAGUCCUGGGAAUGAGCAUUCAGAGUGCAUUGG